AUGACACAAGUCACACAACCCACUCCCUCUUCUACUCCCCCGUCUAGUCGCUCACUAUUCUCCGUCCUCCGACAACAAUACCAGAGCAGCACCCAUUUCUACCGGCGCAAACCCUCGACAGAAUCUCUGUAAUUUUCUCAAAUAAUCCAUUAAUGCCCACAAUUUAUUCUUCAAUUACUCUCCAAUGGAAGCUUAUGCUCCCUUGCUAGUGCGAACUCGGGUUCCCCAACCCUCACUACAACGCUACGCUGUUAUCCAAAUUUUCGAUAAACUUCGUUCUACGCCUUCAAUAUUGAACUCUAUUUCCGACUUUGAGAGAGAAGCCAUUACUCAGUGCCUUCAAUCGUCUUCCCUUGCUGUGGUUGAUCAAUCAGUGCGCGAGCUUUGUCGCCUCGUCAAGGACUCCAAAUUAGACCCUUCUUUUGCCCUUCUUGAGCUUCAAUCUUCCCUUGAAGGUUGUCCGCCUCGCUUUGUUAAUGUAUUUGUUAAAGGCAUUGGGUUUCUUGUUCGUUUCGGGUUUUGUACUAGGAGGUUCGGUUCUCAGAAUUUUGUUGAUGCUCCGGAGAAUCACCCGUUUAUUAAGGUUGUAACAUGUCGGUCAGAGGCCCAAAGUGAACUUGUGCAACAAGUUGUUUUGUUUGUGGUGCAUGGCAAGCAGUGUGGGAUUGCUGAAGUCUGUGACUUUUUAAGGCCCUUGUUGACCUUUUCUGUUCUUAGGGCAUGCUCUUCAGAUUCAUCAUUAUCCUCAUUCCUGAGCCUUGUGAUAUAUUCGUUGAUGUCUCUUUGUUGUUCCUUACUUCAUGAGGCGAAUCCCCUUCUGGAGAUGCUGAUUGGUUGUUUAAGAUGCUUUAACCUUAGAGGUGCCGAGGAUCUUGCAAAAGUUGCCAUUUUUGCUGAGUUUCUAGUCGACGCGUACAGUGUGGUUUUGCGUCACAUAGUUAAGAUGGGAUCAAUGGUUACUGAAGUCCAAUUGAUUGGGGUGAAACUGUUGGAUGCUCUUCUCACAUUGUGCUCGGAUUUUGAGAAGCGUAAUAUUGAGAGCAAGCCUGUCCUUGAAUUAUCGAGGAGACUUUUGAGUUUCCAGAUAGAGCUUAAAUUGCAAUAUGUCCCUCAAUUUUCCUCUCCUAUGUUAUCUCUAUGUGUUCUUCUCGCUCAAUUGGAACUGGAAGAUGAAAAGUUAUAUGUCCUUGACCUCUUAGCAUACUUCCUCAGGUGGAGACUUCAAGAUGAGAAUGUUGUGGCUGGAGCUGCAUGUAACCUGAGUGAUCUGUCUUUGUUCUUUUUUCCUAUCAUCAGUUUGAUGUCGUCUCCUUCAAAAACUGUAAAUCAAUCGGCAUCUCAGUUUCUUUUGAUGUUGGAAAAGCUCCUUGUAAGUCAUUCAACCACUUCAAGAGAUGAACUAUCUGUUCAAAGGGGAUCUUCGUUUGUUAGCAAGCCUGAAACUAUCAUCUUUAGGAUUCUGCAGCAUUUGUGGCUCCAGGAUUUAUCGCCUUGUUCUUUCUUUCUAAACAUUAAUUACGCCAGUGGAAAUGGAAAUUAUGGGGAGAGUGGAUCAAAAUCUUGGCUAUCUCAACUAGGAAAAUAUGCUUUGUCAUUUGCUGAGAGACACAAGUCUUGUGAGUCCAUCUCAUCAUCUCAGGAAGUCAUGUCAACUGAGAUAUCUUUUCUACUGGGUGCGCUUGCUGGAAGUCUGGUUGUACAUCAAUCUUUGGGAAGCUAUGCUAUAGAAACAUUAGCUGCUCUUAAUAGUAUGGAGCCCAAGCUUGGUGUUCCGCUGUUGCUAGCUGUGUUGUACUACUGCAAUUUAUUAAGAUCUAACAUCAAAUACUGUGAUGAAUUGCUGUUGAAACUUUUGACGAUGCUGUCUUCACUUGCUUCAAACUCUGCGAUGCUACCAUUGAUAUACCAAACGAUCCUACCAAUGCUUCACAAGGAUUCAAAUCCGGUCUUGUAUGCAACUGCAAUCCGUUUGCUCUGUAAGGCGUGGGAGAUUAAUGAUAGGGUUUUUGGGAGCUUGCGUAGCUUCUUGCUGCCGGAGUAUUUUGUUGCAUCCAGAUUUGAUCGAACUAUUGCUACAAGUCUGGCUGCUUCUCUUCGGGAUAUCUGCAGAAAAAGCCCGGAAAGGGGUGUUCAGCUGAUUCUAUCCGUAGCAGCGUGCAUUGAGUGUAGUGUUUCUACAAUUCGAGCUCUGGGAUUUCAAAGCCUUGGCUACCUUUGUGAAGCUGAUGUAGUUGAUUUUUAUACGGCAUGGAACGUCAUUGCAAAAUAUGGACAGGAGUAUUCCACCGAUCCCAUGAUUGCGUAUAGCUUAUGUUCAUUUUUAAGAUGGGGUGCUAUGGAUGCUGAAGCUUAUGCGGAUGCCUCAGUUACCAUCUUGCAACUCUUAUGGGACAUUGGAAAUUGCAGUACUGUAAAUCCCCUUUGGAGAAAGGCUCGGGUAACUGCUAUCAGGGCUUUAAAUUAUUUCGAGGUACUGCAUAUGGAAAGAAGUAUCCCAGAUUUCAGAGAUAAAACUGUGAAGUUGUUGAUUCGUGAGACUGAUAUUCAAGUUCUCCAAGUGACUGAAGAACUUCAGACCAAGAUUAUAGCAUAUGAGCAUAGUACCAGGCAAAGGUUAGUCAAGAAAACUAGAGCUCCAAGAAGCAGAAUUGAGAAGCUUUUAGAAGUAUUUCCUCGUGUCAUUUGCUCUUCAGGGAAAAGUUACACUGCAAGAAUGAUGCCUGGUACAGCUCUGUUUCACCUUCAGGUCAAUCAGAAUUCUAAUCAGGGGAAAUCAAAAGUUGCAGAUGAUGUAUUUGCUAAAUAUCACAACAUGCUGAAGGACGUUGCUGCAUCUCUUUAUCUGUCAAGAAAUAUUGUUAUUGCUCUUAUUUCGUUGCAAUCGUGGAAAUCCUUUAUGCAAAAUUGGCUGAACGAAUAUACAUCAACCCUUGAUGUAAAAGCAUCAUCCACUCCUUUGGAUAAAAUAUCGAAGGCUGCCCAUAAUAUUCUGAAGAGUAUGAAAAAGGUUGCUGAAGAUUCAAUCCCUAGGGUGGCUGAGAACAUCGCACUUGCCAUAGGUGCUUUUUGUACAAUCUUGCCAGCGUCUGUUCAUCCUGUUAAAGUCAUGGCUUCAAAGUUCCUGUUGAACUGGCUUUUCCAGUAUGAACAUGAGCAUCUCCAGUGGUCAGCUGCAAUUUCUAUUGGUGUGAUUUCAACUUGUCUGCAUUCAACUGAUCGUCAACAGAAACUCGAAUGUGUGAAUGGGCUUAUUGAGGUGGCAAGUGACAGCAGAAAUAUCCUUGUUAAAGGAGCUUGUGGUGUUGGCUUGGGAUAUUCAUGUAAAGACCUUCUUACCAGAGACGUUAGUACUGAUAAUGCAUUGGAUCAGGGCAGCUUUGUUCUGCAGGAGAAAUCUGUCCUUGGAAAGAUUGUCAGGACUUUAUCUUUGACAAUAUGGCAACUUACUAAAAUUCCGUCUGAUCUUCUGGUCAGCCUUUCUGAAUAUAAGCCUCCUGGUUUAGAGGAUGAUAAUACUAAGGCAACAUCUGAAGUGAUGGUUAAAAGAGAUGAGGAUGUGCGGGAUGAUGUAUGGGGUGUUACCGGAGUUAUCAUGGGUUUGGGAAUGACUGCUAGUGCACUUUCCAGAGCCGGAUCAUACAAUGCUAUUUGCGACAUAAAAUUUCUGCUCACAUCUUGGAUGACACAAGCGGACUCUCUACUUAUUGAAUCUUCUACUGGCUGCCAAAGUUCAAAUAUGUUAUUGUCUACUGGGGCAUGCCUAGUGCUUCCAAUUGUUGCUUCAGUUUGUCGGAGAGUGGAAAAGAUGUCUGAUAAUGAGUUAACUGAUUUACUUUUUUGCUAUGAGGACCUCAUUUCAAAGCUUCAAUUGCAGAAAACAUCUAACAUAUUCCAUCACAAUCAGCUGAUGGCAUCAUGUGUUGGUGCAGGAUCUCUACUUGCUUGUAUUUUAGACGAUGGAUUAGUCUCAUUGGAUGUUCAGCAAGUUAAAAACUUGCUUGGCUUAUUUAAAAAAAUAUACUCUGAUACCUAUCCACAUCUUGUUCAUCUUGGUGCUUUCCUAGGAGUUGUAAAUGCGAUGGGUGCUGAUACAGGAUGUACACCUCAUCACCGUUCUGAAAUUAUUCCCAUCACUUUUUCUGAGGAAAAGGAACUUUCCAACAUCAAUGCUCCUCUAUUGUCAAGUUCUUGCUUUGCAGACUAUCUGUUAGCUUUAAUACAAGAUAUGUUUCUUGUCGCACAAGAUUCUUCUGACAGCCAACUGCAAGCAUAUGCAUCAUGGGCAAUUGCAUUUCUUCAUCAGCAUCUCUGUUCAAAAGUACACAGGGAUGAAAUUGCAAGCUCUAUGCCUAUUGAUCAAAACUUUUCCAAGGAUGCAGCUAUUCUGAAGCUCUCUACAUGGAUGAUGCAAUUAGACUAUUCCAGAAAUCCCUCACAUGUCAACACAAUUGCUGCUGUUCUAAAGUGUCUUUCUAGUGCCCCCAGAUUGCCUAAGCUUGAUUGGGGAGCAGUUAUCAGGCGCUGUAUGAAAUAUGAGGCUCAUAUUGCUGAGUUCCUACCCAAAGAUUCAUUUUCAAAGAAGAGAAGCUUGCGCAAAGAAUGUGUGCUUUUCUCGCUAGCCCAUUCGAAUAAAUUUGAUCAACUCCUUUCUUUGCUUGAUGAAUUGACUAGCUUGUUCAGGUUCAGGACACUUGAUCUAAUUACACAGUCCUGCCUGCUCUUCCGGCUAUUGGACCUGACGAGAAUUUUCUCAAGUUCAAGAACUAAACUGUUACUGGAAGACAUCUAUGAGUUCUUGUCAUCUCCAGUUUCUUCAUACCAAAAUUAUAAUAUUCAGCAGAAAAGGUUUUUGCAGCUCUCCUGCUGGAAAGGACUCUCAAAUUGUUUAAAUGAAGCUUCUCUUGAUACUUCUGAAUACCUUUCCGGGAUGGAGAGGUGCAUGGAGAUUCUUUUUGGAUUGUUGCCGGCACAACCUACCGCUGCUUUCUCAAAACAAGAAUUGAUGCUCAGCUUGGAAUGGAACGAAUCAAUCGUAUGCUUGGGCAACUCUAAAAGAGUAUGGUUGAUGGAUCUUUUGCGGAUUUCAACUGUCGAUAGAGAUGAGGAUUCUGGAGCAAUGCUUAAAAAGAUGCUAGCGAUAAGCCAGCUUGUAAAACUUGGUUCCCUUCCACUGACUGAGCUUGCAAACCUAAAGUCUCACAUGUUUAACACCCAAUCACAAGGCAUGUGGAAGUUCUUUGUCGAAGUUACCGCAGCGCUACAAUCUGCAGAAGGAAGUAUGAAGAGGCAAUGGCUUAUUAGUGUUCUGGAAAUCAGCUGUAUGACAAAAUUUCCAUCAAUGGCACUGCAGUUUCUUGGUCUGCUCUGUGGUUGCUUCUGCAAAUAUAUGCCAUUCCUUGUUCUAGAUCCACAAGUUGUGCUAGUUGACCUCCCAGUCACUCUUUCCUCUCUUCUUUCAAGUACCAAGUGGAGAGGGGUUGCUGAUGCUGCGGUUUCAUGCCUAUGGACAUUGACUGUGCGUAUCUACAACUGGGUUAAGACCCUUACGUGUGAUGGUCAUACACCCGAUUUAGACAUUGACCCAACUGAAGCUGAAAUGUCCAACUUGCUCAUGCAGGUGCUCUUGGAUGCGUGCCAUAAUUUAAAAGAGUUUUUGCCUUUGAAAAAUCAGCUUAUGCUGGCAAACAUGGUUAUGUGAUGAAUGAUGACUUCUUCAGUGACAUGAUUUUAACACUAUCUAUGUGAUUUUUUAAAAAAAAUUAUUUGAACAUUCAAUGUUUAAUAUAUUCUUUUAUGGAUA